AUGCUCAUUCAACGUGAGAGUCGACUUACUGAGCAAAGGAUUCUAUUGCAGGACACGUUUCCGUGGGAUCGUCUACCGAAAGAGCUGCAGGUGAAAGUGCUAGAACAUCUACAUCGCCGAGAUCUUAGUCGAUGUCGAACGCUUAAUCGCGAAAUGUUCGCCACCAUUAAAGCCAACGAGCGCUCAAUGAGAAAGAGAAGUCUGGAACUCGUACGCAUUGAACGGAUCGGUCAGGGUAGAGUACAGUUGUCGAUGAGAUGCCAGGAAGAGGGAAAGAGCAUGAAAUGGGUGGCUUGUCAGAAAAGAAGACGCCGCUAUCCUCUCGAGCUUUCCAAUGACACUAAGAAGACGUUAAUUCAUCUGUACCAAAAUGCUCCUGCCGCCUCGCUUGAUGCCGCCUCACUCCUUACUGACGAGCAACACGAAUACAUUUCCUCGUCUGAAGUGCCUCCGAUAAUCAUCGAACGAUUGGCGGAAAUCGCCAAAGGCAGUGAAAUUGAUCGAUUGCGAAUCAAUGAGAUGGAACUCUCCGACACGACGCUCUCCUCGAUCUCCACUUGCCUUCGGCAGUCGUCGUGCCGUGUUCGUCUGCUCACCUUCGAGUUGAGCUCUUUGGAGUCCGUCUCUCCCUCGGCUCUCUUUCGCUUCGUCUCAGACGUCGCCCCAGCAGAUAUCGUUCUGCGUAUGCUCCGUGGAUGCCGCGCAGAGCACUUCGAAAUGGCUAUGUGUCGAUUCAUCACCUCCAGACGAUUCUUCAGUGUAUCUGAGCUGGUAGACAUUGAGGGCAACGACGUCUCUAUGCGGAUAGAUAGUAUCCUUCUUGCCGAGCUGAAAGCGACCACAUUCCAGAUCUCCACUCCGAACUUCAUCAACGCAGAGGGUCUACAGCAGUUUCUGAAGGCAGUGGCGAGCGGAACGCGACAAGUGGUGGCUGCGCGCAUCCAGACGAACUUCCCGCUGGACGGGCUCUGCAUUCCGGCCGCACUGAGUCACAAACUACUCAUCAGAGACAAGUGCACUCUGGAUAUCUGCUCGUCUAUAGACUUCAACUCGCUGCCGGUCGACUCUCUUAGCACAUCAGUCAUCUAG